CUACUUUGACACAUUCAUUUCUUCCUUUUAAUUUCUUUCAUAUAAAAAUACUAGCCAAAUUCAUAACUUAGCUAGCUAGCCAUAUUUUUCACUAAUAAUUCAUAAUGGCACCAACUUCUUUAUGUUGCAUCUCCAACACUGUUUGUGUUAUAAACGCUUCUACUCCAUUCAGCUCGAGCUUGAUUAUUCGACUACUCGAAAAAGGCUUCACAGUCCAUGCUGCUAUUCAAAAUCAUGGUGAUGAAGGUGAAUUGAUGUCAAUACGUGACAAGAAGAGAUUGGAGAUUUUUUAUUUGGACCUUUUUGAUUACCAUAGCAUAAUUGAUGCUUUGAAAGGGUGUUCUUGUCUUUUUUACUCCUUUGAGCCUCCCAUGGACCACUCCACUACUUAUGAUGAAUAUAUGGCAGAAAUAGAGGUAAGGGCAGCACAUAAUGUAUUGGAAGCAUGUGCACAAAUAGACACUAUAGAAAAAGUUGUGUUCACUUCUUCAGCAACUUCAAUUAUUUGGGGAUUUGAUGAUCAAAAAUCUUCAUCUAAUGUUGAUCUUGAUGAAAAACAUUGGAGUGACAUCAAUUUUUGUCGUAAAUACAAGUUAUGGUAUGCUUUGUCAAAAACCCUAUCAGAGAAAACAGCAUGGGCUUUAGCCAUGGACAGAGGCAUAAACAUGGUGUCAAUCAACUCAGGAUUAUUAAUGGAUCCAAAUUUAAACAUAAAAAAUCCUUAUCUAAAAGGAGCAAAAGAGAUGUAUGAAAAUGGAGUUUUUGUGACUGUUGAUGUUGAUUACUUGGUGGAUGCACACAUUUGUGUCUAUGAAGAUGUGUCAAGCUAUGGUAGAUAUUUGUGUUUUAAUCACAUCAUUAACACAAUUGAUGAUGCUAUUAAUCUUGCCAACAAGUUGUCCCCUUUGCCUUCUAAUUCUCCUCCAAGUUUUGAGAAGGAUACAAAGAUAAUCCAACAGAGGAUAAGCAACAAGAAAUUGAACAUGAUUUUAGAAGAUCAUCAGAGAAAGUCCUUUUGGAAAAUCAAGAAGAUUGACGAGGGCAAAAUCGGUAUAUAAAAAUUGAAGCUUGUAUUUAUCAAAAAUAAUAUAAAAAAUUAUCGAGUUCACGUGAAUUAGAAUAAUUUUAUGUUAGUUGAGAAUGAUAAAUUACUAUUUGAGAAUUCCAAUAGUUUGUGGAAAAUCAAGAAGUCUUCUUAGUUGUUGUAAUUAACUAUAUUUAAUCACAUUUUCUUUUAAUAAUAAUACACAAUAUUU